AUGCCAGCAUUUAAUUCCACAUUUGUUAAUGCUGAAGCAGCAGAUAGUAGAGUCAUUGGUAAUUUGAUUCUUUUACCAAUCCAUACUAAAUUCAGAGGUCCAGCUUAUCCACCUCAACAAGAAUAUGAUAUAAUUGAAGAAACAUUGGAUUUAUUCCGAGCCAAUUCAUUCUUUAAGAAUUUCGAAAUUAAGAGUAAUUCUGAUAGAUUAUUAAUUUAUGGAAUUUUAUUUGUUAGUGAUUGUUUAAAUAAAUUAUCUAAGACUACCAAUUAUAAAGAAGCCGUUAGAAUCUUAAAUAAUUUAGCUUUAGAUAGUUUUAGUUUACCAGGAGAUGUUGGAUUCCCAUUGAAUGCAUUAUAUCAAGGAGCAUCUAAUAAGAAUGAAAGUGAUUUAUUAAGAAGUUAUUUACAACAAUUCAGACAAGAAUUAGCAGAUAGAUUAUUAACAAGAAUUUAUAAGGAUGAUGAAACUAGUCCAUCUAAACAUUGGUUGGCAUUCACAAAGAGAAGAUUUAUGAAUAAAAGUUUAUAG